CAAAACGUGUUUCAGGUUACCAAGAUUUUGGGACGUACAGGUUCUCAGGGCCAGUGUACUCAGGUCCGUGUAGAGUUCAUUGACGAGACAAAUCGAUCCAUCAUUCGAAAUGUCAAGGGGCCAGUGAGAGAGGGAGACAUUUUAACUCUGUUGGAAAGUGAACGUGAAGCCAGGAGGCUGAGGUGA